AUUCGAGAGUCAAUGGCCUGAAGGUAUGUACUCUGCCUCCCUAUCUUAUCAUCCUGGCGUGUAACUUAUACACAUUGGCUCUUUGUGCAGUAGAUUAUAUAUUUCGACAGCUCGCUUCUCAACCUCUUGCAAUAUCUACCCGAGCAAUCUUCAUCCACAGAUUGUGGCUCUGUCUCUUCUUCAUGCAGCUGUCCUUCACCCCCCGAAGGGUCAGGCUCCCUCAAGCAUCCUCUGAGCCCGGUCCCAGAUGAGAUGGACACGAAGCGAUCUUGGGUGGAUGGUAGCAAGCAUAGCAUGUCAUCUCCAUCAGGUUCACAACACACUCCCAUACCUUCGUCGCGACCAUCGCCUAUGCCCUUCUGCACCCAGCCCUUGCAUUCUCCUGAUUCACGUCAUACUGAAUCUCACUACCCAACCAGUCCACCACAGCUAGCUGUAGUGCUUCUGCCUCAUCCCCGCCCCAUUGGACCUGGCCAUGCUCUGAACAUCAUCGGUUUGUUCUCCAUCUCUCGCACCACAACCUCUGGUCAUGAAGUAAAAGCAUUCAUUGGAGAGUCUCAGGCUUUCAAGAUGGUCAAAUUUAAUUCAUUACGGAUACUACUGUCUCACAGAGAGUCACGUACAUCUUCGAAGAUUCAAAGACGGGUGUGA